AUGACCGCUCAGUACGGAGAUGACGCUGUGAUCAAACUUCUUCAAAAUACACAACGUCCCGGCGCGUCUCAAGUUGCUAGGAUGGUUAGAACCACCCAGUUCGAUGGCUGGAUCGAGCAGAAGAAAACCGCGGGUGGAAUCUACACUUUUCUGAAGCUGGACGUUAAAGAUGCUGAUGUUUUGGCAAAACCAGUGCUGCACACCUGGAUCUCGUUCGUGAAGACUAAGCUCAAGGAGGAUCCGUACGACUUCGCGCUUAAACUGACAAAGCAGUACGAAGAAGACGCACUACAUAAAAGGCUGAUGGCAGCCAGCACUACGGCCAGUACGAGAGAUAUUGCUAAAGGUUUAGAGUUUGCGCAGAUAAAGAAAUGGCUGACCACAGGAAAAGCGGAAGAUGACGUCUUGAAGAUCUCACUUGUACCUGCCGACAAGGAGCUCGGGCUCUUGAAGCACCCAGCUCUACAAACCUUUAUCUCCUACGCGACUAAGCACCAUACACUGGAUCCGUAUGAGGUUUUGGUACUCAAGUUGGCGAAGAGGCACGGCGAAGACGAACUACCUAAAAUGCUAGUUAAAGCGAAGUCCGACUCUGAUUUGGUAUCCAUGGCUGUAAAGCUGGAAUCGACGCAGUUUAAAAUCUGGAAGGAGAAAGCGGAGCUAUCGAAGCAUUUCGAUAAUGACCUAAAUCUUGCUCGAGCACUUAAGGCUGCAAAGACCAAGCUUCAGAGCUGUUCCGGCGUCGUAGGAGAGGAAGACCCGUCAAACUUGUUCAAAGGCUCAAAUUUGACAAUAACGCCGAAUUUCGACCGAUGGGCGAAGCGAGGCGUCGCCUUGCGCAAUAUUUGGUCCAGUAUCCCCACGAGUCGGUCUCUGGAGAGUGUGUUGUAUGCGCAAGUCCCGUAUCACAGCAACACAGAGACCGGGACUACUGGAGGAAAGAGAAACACCAAGCUCUCGGGUUUACCGCAAUUAUUCUCUGAAAAGGGAUACGAAACCUACUUCACCACGGGAUCAACGUUAGGAUUUGACAAUUGGGACACCUUCCUGCCCUCGCAUGGCUUUGAAAACGUCGAAAGGGCCCGACAAGGAGAGCCCAAAGUGCCCAUGUUCGUCACGCAUUACACCAUUUCGAGUCAUGAGCCUUAUGACUCACUGCCCAAGUGGUACGAAGAGUCCGAGAAACCAGAUUUUUCGGCCAUGUACGAAGGUGAACAGCACGCAAACAGGAUCAAAAGGUACAUGAACGCGCGGUAUUUUACCGAUACGGAACUCGGCAAGUUCAUGGACCGCAUGCACAACGAGGAAUUCCUCCACGACACCAUCGUUGUCAUCUUUGGAGACCACGGACAGGCACCCGAGGUUGACAAGUUUAACUUGCACGAAGAGUCUGCGACGCGCGUACCUGCCGCUAUCAUUGCUGAAGGGCGAUUGGGUAGUGCUGUGGGGCUUGUGCUUAAUGACGUAGCCGAGCAACAUUACUGGGUUACCGAAGGGAUGCAAAAUGGCGUCGACUCAAUGAUGCUCCACGUCACGGAAACGGACUUCCACAUGACAACGGAUCUGUUACCGCUCCUUAAACCAGAAGAGCGUGCGGAGUGGGAAGCUUUGCGAGAGGAUGGACGUCGCAUUACCGCAUACCUCAAGAAGCGUGAACAACCCUAA